CUCAGAGGCAGUCACACACCAAUUUGCGCACAGACCGUGGAAAAAAAGGGGCAGAAGAUGGCUGACUUUACCGGGCAUCGCGAGCCCUCAACAGCAUCAUCAACAUCACCCGGGCUGUUCCCAAGCUUGACAUUCGCGGUUAGGCAACUUUAAAUCAGCCCCGCCUUAUCCAGCCAUCCACCACCGCAAAUAUUGACAGAGCUAUUAUAAACAAUGGCAGAGAUGGAAAAAGAGGGCAGACCCCCCGAAAAUAAAAGAAGCAGAAAACCGGCUCACCCCGUGAAAAGGGAAAUCAACGAAGAAAUGAAGGUUCGGGCUGAGCGGGCCCGCCCAUGGGCAGGCAUGGCGGGUGAUCUCCAUGGCAACCCACCCUACUCCAUGAGUUUUGCAGAGAACACGAUGAACGAGCUGCUGGGCUGGUACGGCUAUGACAAGGUAGACCUGAGAGACCAGGACAACAUUGACAUACGGAACUACCCAGAUGGAGAGGUACAACACAUCUCUGUCCUGAGAGAAAACUCUUUGCCAAAAAUCCCAGGAGGAUCGGGGGAGAACAGCGAUGUCUCCCCAAACCAAGUCAAUAGCUCCCACUCUACAUCAACAUCAAGGAAUGGAGUGACAGAGUCCUCCACCACCCCAUCCACCUCCACACCCAGCACCAGGGAGCAUGGGAACAUGCCGAUCAUAGUCCCACUGAUCCCACCCUCCAUGAUCAAGCCACCAGCAGACGAGGAUGUGUCUAACGUCCAGAUCAUGUGCGCAUGGUGUCAGAAGGUUGGCGUCAAACGCUACUCCCUCAACAUGGGCACUGAGCUAAAGAGCUUCUGCAGUGAGAAGUGCUUUGCCGCCUGCCGCAGAGCCUACUUCAAGAGAAACAAGCUUGGAUAUUUAAGGAAUUACAGGGCGAGAGACGAAGACGGCCAUGGUGAGAAAUUACCCCAGCACAGCUAUUCUAAGGAUACGCCCAGGCUUGUCUUCAAAACAAACAGCGAUGUGCUUGUGUGUGACUGGUGCAAACACAUCCGCCACACCAAGGAGUACCUGGACUUUGGUGCCGGUGAACGGAGGUUGCAGUUCUGCAGUGCCAAAUGCCUGAACCAGUACAAGAUGGACAUCUUCUACAAAGAGACUCAGGCGGCGCUGCCAGGGGGCCUGUGUAACCCAGGACACGGCCCUGUGGAGGGCAAGUCAGAGAGCAGCACUGGGUUGCAGCUUUUAACACCCGAUUCCUGGGGCACACCUUUGGGUGACUUACGUCGCAAAGCCCCUUCUCCUGGGGCAAACCCCUCUGUGCCAGUCCCCAACAGCUCCACCGCUGCCUCUCCCUCUGAGACAGGCACUGUCUGCUCUCCUUCUUUCUCGUCCGCCAAAAACUCCACACCCAGACCCCACGAGAGUCCCACCUUACCACCUCCCCCACACCCCUCUCUGCACCCUCCCAUGGGAGUCCUCGGGCAGCCCCCAAUGGUGAUGACGCCCCGGGGGCCCGUGCCCCUGCCCUUCUUCAUGGAGCAUCAGAUGAUGCAGCAGAUGCGCCCUUCGUUCCUCCGCCCACCUCCCCACCGCCCAGGCCCCAACAGCCCUCUGUCCAACCCAAUGAUCCCUGGCAUCGGGCCACCACCCCCACCACCCAGAAACCUGGCUCCACCAUCCAGCCCUAUGCACAGGCCCCAGUUCUCACCCCACCACCACCCCCCCAACAAACCCAACCUUGGAGGGAACCCUCCAGGGAUGAUGCCACCCUAUCCAGGCCUACACAUACCUGGUUUUCCUUUCACCUCCAACAUGAUGCCAAAUGGGCCCAUGCAUAUGCCGCACAUGAUGAACUUCGGUAUACCUUCCCUUGCCCCCCUGGUGCCCCCACCAACCCUGCUGGUCCCUUACCCUGUCAUCGUGCCCCUGCCCGUGCCCAUCCCUAUACCCAUACCCUUCCCCUUCAACCCCAAGACCUCCAAGGACAACCCCAGCAGCAACAACAACCCCAUUCCGAGUGCGUCGGGGGAGAACACUGAUCUGACGGAGCCCAAGCCUUUCUACUCUGGUUCCUCCAGAGGGGAACUGAAGUUGGGGCCCUCCAGUUCUGGGGUGCACUCCUUGGGCUUUUCUGGCUAUACUCUGGACCGCUUUGGCUCUGAGAGAAGUAGGAUUGGUGUGGUGGACCUGACCGUGAAGACUGAGAGUCCGGAGAGUGCCACCACCUUGGGACUCUCGCUCUCUGGUGGCCCCGCAGCCUCCCUCUCCGAGGGAGUGAUCGACCUGACUCUGGGCCAGCGGUCGCGGCUGCAGCAGGUCACCCAGCGGGUGGUGCCCAGUGUCCAGGUGAAGGUGGAACCGGAAGGGGACUCAUCCAGCCCCCCACUCUCUGGACCAUCCUCUCUUGAUGUAUCUGGGAAGGGGGACAGCAGCCUAGAGGACAUGAGCCAGGAGGUCAGGGAGGCCAUUAGUGUCUCUCUGAAGCCAAACUCUCUAUCUUGUUGCCAGGCCACAUCACCAUCCCCCCAGCCAAACGAAAACUCCUACCUCACCCAGCUCACAAACCACCCUGGCACCACACAGACCCAGCCCUGCAACCUCGCUGCCCCCUUUAAUGUCAUAGUAAACGGCAGCAGUCAAUCCACAGACAGUCCCGGCAGGAGCACGCUACCCACACCUCAGCCUGACCCUGGUCGGAGAGGAGGAGGUGGCGAACCAGCCAACUGCGAGCUGGAGCGGGAUGCCCUGAAGGAGAACAGCUGUGCAGUGGCGGAAUGGGAACCAGGUAAGAGAGGCCCGAGUGACGAGGCAGCACAGGGGGGCACUGAUGAAGGCAAGCUAGAAGCUUUCUGCGACCUUAUGGAUCUAGACGAUGAUGACGACCACGCCUAUGCACUGCUGCUGCCCAAGGCUGGCUGUGUUAUCCAGCCCGGGCCAAAGCCCAGCGACAAGACAGCCAUUGUGUCCUAUAGCAUCAGCGCUCCUCUGGCGGCAGGGAGCCCCGAGCUGGAGCCGCCGUUAAAGAGGAGGUGCCUGCGAAUACGCAAUCAGAACAAAUGAGGCAGAAAAGCUCAGAAAGGAGGCAGUAUUUCCCCAACAGAAUGAGGGACGCUUUUGAAGCUGUUGACUACACUAGCCUUCAACCAUCCGCUCCUCAACUCCACGAACCUCUCUCCCAGCCAACCAGCCAUGUAACCCUAAUCUUGACCACUCAGACCACCCACACUGCCCGUCUCCCUUCCAGAGCAAAUGCUCUGUCAGAUCUCUGCUCUCCGACCGGAGAAGCCACAAUGCUAACCCAAUAGGUUUACCAGCAGUUUUAUGUUCACUGGAAGAGUCAUACGGUAGCAUUUUUAGCCAGUCUGUCCCACAGUGAAAGGGGGAGUUUUCUUUUGGCAAGAAAUUCAGGCUAAAGUCACCCCACCCCACCCCCAUUUGCAUGAUCACAACCAGUACAAAAUGCUAACCUCCAACCCCCAUCCCACCAUUGACAGUAACAGGACUUUUGUUUUUAACUGGUAACCAAAAAGAGACAUCUCAUGAUGGAAGGUAACAAUCAGAAGGAGAUUUUCUGAGCCUCAUUGGUUCAGGAAUAAGAAGGAAAAAGCGGUGAAAUCCUUGUGUUCUGACUGUUGCGCUCUCUAUCCCUGGAGAUACCAAGGCCCCCUGCCACCACAGAGCCUUUCUCUAGUAGAGCAAUGGGGAUAUCUCCACAAUAAAAGGAGACCUUGGCACUAUUGAUCUGCUCCUCUUCAGUGAGUGUCAUGGUCAUAAAAGACAAGGAUUUUCAUGUAUAUCCUUACUCACUGAUUUGUGGACAACAGGGUAGCAAUCUCACCAGCAAAUGAUGGUGGGCAACUGUGGACUAUGUGCAAUCUCUGCCAUCGUGGAGGCCAUUUUGCAUCUCUGCAAGACCCUGGUCAGACCGGAUCAGAUGUGUAAUUCUAAUUCUUAUCAUAAUUUAUAUAUUUACAUUUUUCACAUCCUAAUGCUAUUGAUGAUAAUGAUGUACUGUUUUUUCUGCCACAUCUCUGAUGUUAUGGUAAUGGAGUGACUUCCAUCAUGGAAGCAAAAACAGGACUGCUGCUCAUCACACCGCUAAGGGAUUGCGUCAAUCAGGAGUUGAGACCACACCCAUUAGCAUUGUUUCAUCACUAGUGUUCAGGGUUGUAAUGCUGCACUAGGAUUUACCAUUGACAAGUGAUGCCGACUCUCUUACAAUCAAAUUUGCUUGUCAUUCUUGGCUAAUUUUCUGGAAACAAUGGUCCAAACUAUUUGUCAAGCCAAACUACUGAAAAAAAUGUAACAAUUCUUUAAUCAGUCACACAUGUUGUCAUAGAUAGUCAUAUUUACAUUCUAAAAAAAUUGUUUCAACAGUUAUUUAAUAUUUUAUUUAACUAGGCAAGCCAGUUAAGAACUAAUUCUUAUUUACAAUGACGGCCUACCCCGGCAAAACCUGGACGACGUUGGGCCAAUUGUGCACCCUAUGGGACUCCCAAUCACAGCCGGAUGUGAUGCAGCCUGGACUUUUAUUAUGAUAUGGGGAAUCAUCUCACUUCCCUGUCCUUCAUCCUGUUCUACAUUUUGUAAUUUUCCAGUGUUAAUCUGUCUGGAUUAUAACAUUUUGUCAGUUUAUUUUGCUUCAUCAGAGUUUAUGCUGCCGGUAGACACUAACAUUUUGUCAGUUUAUUUUGCUUCAUCAGAGUUUAUGCUGCCGGUAGACACUAACAUUUUGUCAGUUUAUUUUGCUUCAUCAGAGUUUAUGCUGCCGGUAGACACUAAC